CUCAUCAUCAUUUGUGCUUUGAACUUCUUGAGUGUAAAUUGCUCGUGCGCUUCUGGACGAGAAAUUUUUGCGUAACCGAACCGAAAAGUUUCCGGCAGAAAUUCUUCGUGUUCAUCGUUUUGGCGCUGGUUGGCUGCGCGGCUGCCGCACAGCUGCCCGACUCGGCCACACAGGGACCCAAUCCGCAGGACAUUGCCACACCCGAACCGGAAUACAUUGACAUCGAGGAGCCGGCACCAGGCCCAGCUGCUGCUCCUGCGCCUCGUCCAGUCGCUGCCCCGGCGCCACGUCAGCUCUCCGUUGCGCCGUUGCCACGUCCCAUUGCCCGGCCCAUCGCGUUGGCCCAGCCAAUCGCCUAUGCCCAGCAGCCGAUUGUGCAGCGCGCCCAGUACCUGCCGCCCCUGGCGGCCCAGCAGCACCAGGUGCCCGGCCAUGCAUACAGCAGCCAGUCCGGCUACCAAUACCGUCGUCCAGUCUAUGUAAGGCGCUUCUAUCGUCAGCGCCGCUACUGA